CGAAUUAAAAAAAAAAAAAAAAAAACACUCGAGACGUCUGAAGAGAAACCAGUGUUAAAGCACUGGCAUUCAUUCCCUUUUUACCCUAGCUGGCUGAGCAGAGAGCCCUGAGAUUAUUAAGAAACGAACAAAUUAUGAAUCGAUACGCCGGAAAGGCAGUGUCAUCGGCUGCUAAAGCAGCAGUUGCUGGUCACCCCCACCGCUCCCGCCGCCCUCAAAGCGUCCACCUCCCUCCUUAUGCAUCUCAUGGCAGCGUAGUAAACGCCCAAAUGAAGUCCAAAGUAACACCAUCGUCUUCAUCUCAGUUGGGCAAGUUUCUUGGUUUUGUUGAUCCCCCUCGCUCCGAGAUCUCCAAAAUCAUCUCCAGGUUCAUCAAACUGCACAUGCGCCAGAACCCCGGGUUGAAGAAAAACCGUAAUUUUGAGGAAAAGUUGAUGUCUUUGUUGGCUUUGCAACAAAGAAUUGGGCUCCAAGAGGUUAGCAAAGUGCUGUUUCCUAACUGAACUGAGACUUCACUCAAGGAGACUCUGCUGCUUCAAGUCUUGAGAGUUGAGAUUGAGAACCUUUAUUCUCCAUUGUUACUAGUGAAUUUAUUGUUCCAAAAUUUACCAAAUUGGAGGAUUAAAUUAGAUAUUCCUACAUAAAAUAAAUGGAUUGUGGCAUUGGCAUUUGAAGA